CCAACCCACUCAUCCUUCACCCUCUGAAACUUACUGCUUCCUCUGGCUUGAAAACCAGCACAGUAGCCAAGUCUUCUCUCUUCCUUGCCAAAACAUACAUCAGGAUCUGUCUCCGGCCUCCUUUCUUCAAUUUCAGACCACAAUGCAUGAGAGAAACAGCAUCGUGCCCGCCGGAAGAUUCAGAAACCGGCCGACCGGUGAUCAUAAGAGCUGGAACUUUGGGGAGCAAAGAACCAGAAAAGUUAAGGCCACGACUUUUGUUAGUCCCGCUGAGGAACUCAACUGCGUUCCAAGAGGCAUAUUUGGGAGAUAUACCACAUUCAGGUCCCCGAGUUCCGGCUCCUCAUUUCCGUUCUUCAAUCCGUCAUUGAGCUCGCAGAUCUACAGUUCUGCCCAGAAUCAUAUUUCAUGGUGGAAGAAUCCAGUGCAUUUGCCUCGAAAGGAAUCCCCUGAAGUUAACUUCAGAUCCUAUGACAAGCACGGAAAUCACGGACAGGAAUUCGGCAAAAGUUCAACUGCAAAAAGGUGCAAUUGGAUCGGCCAUGGCAGUGAUCCAGUUUACGUGGCCUUCCAUGACAAGCAAUGGGGAGUUCCAAUUUACGACGAGAAUUCGCUGUUUGAGAUGCUAGUGCUUUCAGGUAUGCUAUCUGAAUACACUUGGACAGAGAUUCUCGCCAACAGAGGGGUUUACAGGGAUGCAUUCUUUGGCUAUGAACCCAGUAUUAUCUCUAUGAUGGAUGAGAGGAAAAUUUCAAGCAUGGAUAUUGUCAGGAAAGCCGUGCUAUCAGAAAGCAGGGUAAGGUGCAUCAUCAAUAACUCCAAGUGUGUACUUAAGAUUGAAGAGGAGCACAGGUCAUUCAGCACUUACAUGUGGAGAUUCAUCAAUUAUACACCCAUAAUCAACACAUACAAGUAUCCAAGAAAUAUACCGCUGAAAACGUCAAAAGCUAUGACCAUUAGCAGUGAUCUAGUGAGAAGAGGUUUCAGAUUUGUGGGGCCAACAAUCAUACACACAUUCAUGCAAGCUGCUGGGAUGACGAUUGAUCACUUGGUUGACUGUUUCAGAUACGAGGAGUGUUUAAAGAUUGCAGAGAGUCCUUGGGGCUUACUGCAUAUGCACUUCAAUUUUUGAAGAUAUAGCACUCAGCAAUGGUUAUAGACGUUUGAGAUCCAGGGGAACGUGGCUAGAGAGCUCAUCUGUUGCGGCCCCUUAAUGCUUUUUUUCUUCAUAUUAACAUCUUCAAAUAUUUACUCUGUCA